AUUGUGUUAUAGCAAUACUAUAUAAUAUUAUAAUAUUAUAUUCAUUUUGCUCACUUACUAGAGAAGAGAAAAUGGCUAUCGCCAUCUGGAAUACUCGAGAUGUCAUCUCGCUGUUCCAGCAAUAUGGCGCCUCCUUACUAGCCGCAACCUUCAGCGCUUGGCUUUGCUAUAUGUUAUCCCUCGUCGUCUACCGAUUAUAUCUAAGUCCCUUGGCUAAAUUCCCCGGUCCGAAGCUUGCCGCACUUACGUCGUGGUAUGAAAUCUACUAUAACAUCUUCAAGAAGGGUGGCGGGCAGUAUAUCUUCAAGAUCAAGCAGAUGCACGAGCAAUAUGGUCCUAUCGUACGGAUAAACCCGUUCGAGCUCCAUAUAGACGACCCAGCAUACUUCGAUGUCGUCUACGCGACAAACAAGCAGUUCGACAAGGUCGAGAUGUAUGCCCGUAGCAUCGGCGCGCCGCUCGCUGCUUUCGGAACCAUCGACGCCGCCAAGCAUCGUCAGCGCCGAGGUGCCAUGGCCGCCUUCUAUAGCCGUGCUAGAUCACGGGACCACGGCCACCGAGUCCAGAUGGUUGUUGACCGUAUCUCUCGUCGUUUCUCUACUGAAUAUGCUGGCACUGGAAAGGCCGUUAACCUCUCCUACGUAUGGGGAUCGCUAUCAAGCGACGUCAUCAUGGAAGUGGCUUUUGCUCGACCCAAGCUGUUUACUGAUGCCCCAGACUUCAAGAGCUCCUUGGCGAUAGGGCUGUCGGAUCUGCUAUACACCAGUCACACUUUCAUGCAUUUCAGCACUAUACAAUACUUGGUAUCCGCAUUGCCGGGAUGGCUUGUUAAGACGGUUGUGCCGCCAAUCAAGUCGGUCGUCGAAGCUCAGGAGGAAAUUGGAAGCCAAGUAGCCGAUAUGGUUGGAGGCCGAAACACCGAAGCGAAGGAAUCUCCUCUCCCUACCCUUUACCGCGACAUUCUCACAUCUCGAUUACCUCCUGAGGAGUUGACCUACCAAAGACUACGUGAUGAGGCCGUGUCUACCAUUGCCGCCGGAAUUGAUACGACUAAAUGGAGCUUGAGUGUUGCCUGCUACCACAUCCUAGCUAACCCUGAGGUUGAGCGACGCCUCCGAGCUGAGCUCAAAGAGAGGAUUCCCGACCCCAACCAAAUUCCCGAUUGGUUCGAGCUCGAAACAUUCACAUUCCUAAACGCCAUCGUCAACGAAAGUCUCCGUCUAGCCUGUGCCGUCAGCGAGCGCAUGCCACGCAUCAACAAGACCGCCGCCUGGACCUACCGCGACUACGUGAUCCCCCCCGGCGUCCCAGUCGGCAUGGACAUCUGGACGAUGCACCACAACACGGUCCUAUUCCCCGACCCCUACACCUUCAAGCCCGAGCGCUGGCUCGGCGACCCGAAAGUCGACCCCGAGCUGCUCGAAAAAGCCGGCUACCUGCCCCCCCUCGACGGCAAGACCAAGCCGCUCACCCACUACAUGGUCGGCUUCGGCAAGGGCACCCGCAUGUGCGUCGGCAUGUACCUCGCCUACGCGGAGAUCUACAUCGGCUUGGCGACCAUCUUCCGCCGGCACGAGCUGGAGCUGUACGAGACGACGCGGAAGGAUGUCGAUAUUGCGUGCGAGAUGAUCUUGUCGCUGCCGUGGAAGGGGACCAAGGGUGUUCGGGUCAGGGUCAAGAAAUGAACUAUAUCUACCUAUACAGUAUCCUAGAUGUUAGAGGCGCCCUAUCAACCAUUAGAGUUAGACAAAGAAGGGGGGGGGAUGGGUUCGUGUAUAUAUCCCGGGCUAGAGUGGGGUUGAUGCGCAACGACAUCGCUGUUGUUGUUUUUCCCACCGCUGGGGCGCGUCGCAACGUGGUGGUUGGUUGCGCUGUGAAUAAAACGGCUACUUGUAAAUUAGUCUUGGGUGGUAGCUUGAUACAGACUGAAGACUCGAAGCUAUCAUUAAAUGAAAAAAAUAUGUUAAUACAAAAAUUAUCAAGGUCAUCUAUCUUUGGGUUUUUAUACUUCUACAAUAGUGAUUUUCGUUGCCGAGUCGUGUUCUUGGAGCUGGAGAUUUGAA